UCCUUCGUAAAACAGGUGUUUGGCAGUGAGGAAUAUUAUUCAUGCAUCAGUGUCAUGAAACACCUCGGUGUUAAAGACAACGCUGUCAGUUAUACAGUAAUAUAAAUGGCACCAUGUUUACGGGAUCACUUAAUGACGCAGUUUGGUCCAUGAGGGAAACACUCAGUGAUGCAGCAUGAGUUUCUCCACUGGCCAUUCUCCCCCCCCUCUCCUCUCCCGGUCCCUCUCCCCUUCUCCUCAUCUCCCUCCCUGACGUGUUGUCCUGAACUCAACCUAUCGGUCACGCUCGGCCUCCCCCCUAAGACCAGCCAAUCACUACCAAAGCCCCGCAAACUGAAACAGAGUCAGCAGAGUGAACAAGCACAGCUGAAGCACAACCCUAAAGGACAGACGGACAGAAAGAGGAACAGACAGGUGUGUUCUAAAGAGGCAGUCAUCACAGUAACACCAGAGCCUGACAUCGACUCCAGCAGUGACGCCCCAUUUCAGGACUGGCUGAGAGGCCUCAGACAUGUGGUGGAACCUCCUGCUCCAACAUCCACUCAUGACCUGAGCUGUCUGGAGAGGGCGGAGCUAAAUUCUACCCUGGCUCUGAAGACUAGGCUUCAGUCACUGCAGGAUGCUCAGUUUGACUCCCAGAGGGCAAUUCAGCAAACACUACAGAAGUCAGAGAGCACAAAGAAUCGUAUUAAUGCCAGAGCUACUGAAGAGGUGAACGUCUCUCGCUCUCAGCUUCUCUUCACUUCGUUGGUCAGCGUGGAUGUGCAGGAGGAUCAGCUGAUAACCCAGUUGCUCCAAGAUAAGCUGCUGCGAGCUCCACCUUCCCAGUGCCGUGGAAGGAGGAACACUAAAGGGCCCUCCUCCCUGUUUUUCAUAACAUCUGACCUGCUCAGGCAAAAGCCCCUUUCACCAGAGGAGGUGCCAUUCAGCCGUAAGCUCUCCACAUCAGCUUGCCCCGCCCACUCGACUUUUGACCUCUACAGACGGCAGCGGUCCUGGGAGACGACACCCUGAGUGCCGACUGGGAUAAAGAUGGACGUAGCCACUGUGCCACUGGCCGUACAGCUGAAUCGUCUCACUGUUGCUUUGAAACUGGAGGUGACCUGUGAGGUGUUUGCAGAGUUCGUAGGCCCGCCCACCGUGAUCCCUUCAUGCCAGAAGUGAUGUCACAUUUGCUUUUGUUCCAGAUUUUUGUAACCUCUCAUUGUGACGAUAUAUCAGUGCAGAAGCUCGGGGCUUUCCAAAUUAAAAGAGGAGAUGACUUUGUGUCCUCGUUUUCUACUCCUGUAGACACAGCCUGAGAUUUACUGGAGGUAAUGAAAUGCUUAUUCAACACAUGUAACAAUUAUCUAUUUAAUAGUUUUAGGAGAAAGUGGUCAAAGUGUAUUUGUUAAUGUUUUAUGUAACUAUGUAAAUGAAAAUGUGUUUCCUUAGAAACGGAGCUCAAGUCAAAGUCAUAUUUUAGCAUCAUUUCAAUAAAACCUUUUGUUAUAC